GCUGCCGUUGGGAAGUGCGUCACGGCGUGCGCGCGCUUGCACCAGGGCGGUGGAUUCGAACGGCGGGGGACGGUUGGGCGGGAGCCGUUGGACCCGUUGUCGGCGGCGCCCGUGGGAGUAGGAUGGGGCGUACGGCUCCCCGCGCCGCUUUGCGGAAGAUGCUAAAGAACGAGAAGUCGGCGUUUCGCCUGUUGGCAUGCACCGACCUGCUGGUGUAUUUGAACUUCUUGGUUUUUCUCCGUCGUCUAGCAGAAGAAGCCAGGACGAAUGCUUUUCAGAACAGAAGUAGAAUAAUUAAGCCUGAGCACAUUAUAUUAGCAGCAAAGGUUGUUUUAAAGAAAAGCAGAGGCUAGAAAACAGACCCCUGGAAUUUCAAAGCCUGCUUUAACUUUUUUUUUUUUCCUUACUGAUUCAAGAUCCUGUGACCCAGCUUUUGCAGUUGUGGAAGUAUCUGUAUAGUUUUGUUGAUGUCUAUCUCCUGAUUCUGAGUAUCUUAUUGUAUCUUAAAAAGAAAAUAAUUUAACAGUGUUACAAUGUGUUUGAGGUUCGAUCCUGUACAAAUAGUGAAGAUAAGUUGGCAAGCAUGCCAAGCUACUUCCUCCCUACUUCGAGUGUCAUCCUAACUUGUCAGAAGACUGGAAGUGUAUGGUAUAUAAAAUAAUUUCUAAAAUUAAAAUCAUGUUCUGUUUCUAAUGUUUUAAAACAGUUGUUGAACACUUUACUUAAUAAAUCUUUUGAUAAAGAUGUAGUUUUAUAUCAGAGUUUGAAUUGAUAAUAAAGUUUUGUGGCUUAUGUGGUAGCU